AUGACUUCUGUUUUUCUCACUGGCGCAACUGGCUACAUUGGUGGUGAAGUUUUAUAUCAGCUUCUCACCCAUGGCGGAUACAAUGUCACAGCAUUGGUGAGAACUGAUGCAAAGGCACAAUUGUUGUCUGAAAAGACAAGCGGUGCCGUCAAAACCGUGAUUGGGAAUUUGGAUGAUCUUGACACCAUUAACACGCAAGUAGAUGCUGCUGACGUCAUUAUCAACACUGCCAAUGUGGACCAUGUUCCAAGUGCGCAGGUGAUGGCAAAAGCAUUGGCUAAGAAGACCAAAAAGACGAUAUUUAUCCACACAAGUGGAACUUCCGUGGUUGGUGAUGAAAUUUCUUCUACCAAAGGUCCUUCCACCAUUGUCUACAGUGAUGUUAAGUCAAUUGAUGAAAUCAAUUCCUUGCCUGAUACGCAACUUCACCGUCCCGUAGAAAAGAUUGUGUUGAAUAUUGAGGAACAGAACCCUAAUGUAAAAACGGUGAUUAUUUCUCCUUCCACGAUUUUCGGAAAGAGCAGAGGCUAUGAUAACCUUUUCUCGGCUCAGAUUCCUUACUUGGUUGAACUUACAAAGAAAUACGGAAAACCUUUCACAGUGUAUCUGGGGGAUUAUAUCUGGUCUCAUGCUCACAUCCAUGACCUUGGUGACUUGUACUACUUGAUUCUUGAGCGUUUGCUUGCAGAUGAGUCUAUCCCAACUGGCAAAAAGGGCUACUAUUUCGUUUCGUAUACUGAUUCGUCUGCUAUAACCAACUCACCAAGCGAGAUUGAACAUUCCUGGAAGGAUAUUGCGGUUCAUGUUGGAAAGAUUCUCAAGGAGAAGGGCGAGAUCCAGAGCAAUGAAGUCGAGGAACUCUCUGAGGACGAAAUUAUUACUUUUUCAGGAAACCCGUUUGCUCCUUUGUACUGGGGAGCCAAUUCCAGAACUAGAGGAGACAAUGGCAUUAAGAUUGGAUGGAAACCUAAAUAUUCUUCGCGUUCCAAGUUCUUGAAUUCUAUUGAGGCUGACGUUGAUCAUGUUUUGAGUAAGUAA